AUGAGCGCCCGUCUGCCAACCGCCGCCCGUUUCGCCACCAACCUCCUCCGGUCGACCACUUCCAUCUUGCCUCGCGCUGCCCCUGCUUCGUUCGCCCCACGACACUUUGCCACCACCGCCACCAAGAUGUCCGUCGCCGUCCCCACCGACUACAACAAGGUCCUCUACCAGCCUCUGGCCGAGGCGGACCCCGAGGUCCAGAGGAUCAUUGACAAUGAGACCUACCGCCAGUUCUCUGGCCUCGAGUUGAUCGCUUCCGAGAACCUCACCUCGCUCGCCACGAUGGAGGCCAACGGCUCGAUCCUCACCAACAAGUACUCCGAGGGUCUGCCCGGCGCCCGCUACUACGGCGGUAACGAGUACAUCGACCAGCUCGAGAUUCUCUGCCAGCAGCGUGCGCUCAAGGCCUUCAACCUCGACCCCGCCGUCUGGGGCGUCAACGUGCAGCCCUACUCGGGCUCGACGGCCAACUUUGCCACCUUCACUGCGCUCCUGCAGCCCCAGGACCGCAUCAUGGGUCUCGGCCUGCCCUCGGGCGGCCACCUGACCCACGGCUACUACACCGCCAAGAAGAAGAUUUCGGCGUCGUCGAUCUACUUCCAGUCGUUCCCCUACCAGGUCGACACCAAGACCGGCUACAUUGACUACGAGGGUCUCCACAAGAACGCCGACCUCUUCAAGCCCCGCAUGAUCAUCUGCGGCGGCUCGGCCUACCCGCGCGACUGGGACUACGCCAAGCUCGCCGAGACGGCCAAGGGCCAGGGUGCCUACCUCAUGGCCGACAUUGCCCACAUCUCGGGCCUUGUCGCCGCCCAGGUCCAGAACAACCCCUUCGAGUACUGCGACAUUGUCACGACGACGACGCACAAGACGCUGCGCGGCCCGCGCGCCGGUCUCAUCUUCUUCCGCAAGGACCGCGACUCGACCAUUGAGGGCCGCAUUAACGCUGCCGUCUUCCCCGCCUGCCAGGGUGGCCCGCACAACAACACCAUCGCCGGCAUUGCUGUCGCGCUCAAGCAGGCCGCCGAUCCGGCGUUCAAGACGUACGCCGCCCAGGUCAUCAAGAAUUCGCAGGCGAUUGCCAAGGUGCUGUCGUCCAAGGGCUACAAGCUGCAGACUGACGGCUCCGAGAACCACCUGAUCCUGUGGGACCUGCGCCCGCUCGGCCUCACUGGCUCCAAGGUUGAGGAGAUCUGCGACCUGGCCCACAUCACGCUCAACAAGAACGCCGUCAGCGGCGACACGUCGGCGCUCGUCCCCGGCGGUGUCCGCAUCGGCACCGGCGCCCUCACCAGCCGUUCGAUGACCGAGGGCGACAUGGAGAAGGUCGCCGAGUUCCUCCACCGCGUCGUCCAGAUCUCGCUCGACAUCCAGAAGGUGUCGGGCAAGAAGCUCGUCGACUUCAUGAAGGUCGCCCGCGACAACGACGCCGUCAAGCAGCUCAACAAGGACGUCGAGGCGUUUGCCACCAGCUUCCCGCUGCCCGGUGUCCCCGACACCUCGUCGAUCAAGAAGCCCUCGGCCUGA